AUGAAAUUUAAAUUAUUUCUUUUAGUAUUCUUUGUAUUUUUAUUACCAUAUCUAUCACAAUCAUGUGAAAAUACUUUCUCAUGCCCAACUUUAAAUCAAACAUGUACAGGGCAGUGUUCAGCUGGUUUAGUUUGUAAUCAAACUUUAAGUUCUUGCCAAGAAUAUGAAAAGUGUGACUCAUCACUUCCCUUGGCUGAAGAUACAUGUUCUCAAGAUGGAUAUAUUUGUGUAUCAAAUGUUUGUCUUCCAUUUAUUGGAACCCAAUAUCCUUCGUCACAAUGUAAACAGAACUCAAAUUGUUUAAUGUCAUUAUGUGCGGGAAAUAUUUGCAUGGUUAUGCCAGGUUCUCAAUGCCAAACAAAUUCUCAAUGUUCUCCAGACCAAUUUUGUAGUACAACCUUUAUUGGUACAACCUCUACUAGCCCAUCAACAAUGACAUUACCAAUGACAAUGACAUUACCAAUGACGAUGACAUUACCAAUAACAAUGACAAUGGGAUCUUCAUCUGUAUGCACCAAUAGAUUACAAUUAAACAGUCAAUGUUCUACAUCUGAUUCAUGUCAAACCGGUUUAGCAUGUAUUAAUUCAGUUUGUUCACCAAUUUUCUCUGGUGCUGAAAACGCAACAUGCUUCCCUGGAGCAAUAGAACCAACCAAAGCAGCAUGUGAUGUAGGAUUAUCUUGUUUAAAUGGAGCAAAUGGUUAUAGUUGUAAAAGUUAUGUUGAAAAUCAAUCAUGCGAUCCAUCAGAUGAAUACCCAGUUUGUAAUUCAGAUUAUCAAUCAUGUAAAUGUAAUUCUAAGGGAAAAGGUUCUUGUCAAUCCUAUUAUAAAUUAACACAAGAAUGUAAAGAUAGUUCAAAUAAAUUAGUAUUGUGUGCAAAAUCAAAAAAUUCUAUUCCAUCCUAUAAAGAUUAUGUAACUCAAAUUAAUUGUCAAUCUCAACUUUGUAAUUAUUCAAGAGAUUGUAUUGAUCCAAAAGCUAAAGUUUCAACAUGUUUUAAUGAUUUAUUUUUAAUGUGUCCAAGUGAUUACCAAGAACCUGAAAUUGGUUCAAGUUCAUCAUCGUCAUCAUCAUCAUCAUCGUCAGGUUCAAGUAGUAAUUCUACAUCUUCAUCAACAUCAUCAACAUCAUCAACAUCAUCAGAAUCUUCAGAAUCAUCAAAUGGUUCAAAUAGUAAUUCUGUAUCAUCCGAAUCAUCAUCACCAUCGUCAUCAUCAGUUGAAUCAUCAUCUAAUUCAAAAUCAAAUCAUACAUCAUCUGAAUCAUCAUCAUCUGAUGAUGACUUGGGAAAUCCAUCUUCUUCAAGUAUUUUAUCUGUAUCUAAACUUAUCAUUUUAUUAAUUUCAAUUAUUUUAUAUUGUUUUUAA